AUGUCUGCUUCCUCAACCAAACCCACACCAACGACAUCAACUCCUAAGAGGACUUCAGGCAGAGUAACCUUUUCAAUACCCAUAGAUUCCUCCCUGACGCCUGAAUUAACAAUUUCGACCACUCCACCAAAUACACGAAAAGCAUCAAUGAGACACACUCCAGGAAUUAAUGGGUCUUCGUCUGAUUGGAAAGACACUAGAAGUUUAGUACUAUCUCCACCAACAGUCAGAAUAAAAGUCAAAACUACAGACAAAACUGAGUCUCCAGACUCUAAAGACACUACUCUCGGAUCCUCGUCAAUGUCUCCAAUGACAUCAUCGACACCUCGCCGUCGCCCAGGUCGGCCGCGCAAGGUCUCCCCACCACCCACACCUCAACCCAUUUCAACAACAGAAUCGCCAUUGGGAAAGAGGCGUAGAUCAGCACAAAAUCAAAAGUCAGAGUCAACAUCUGUUGCACACUCCGAUCCAAUCCAGAAUUCGCCUGGCCGAAAGAAGUUGAGGAGAUCGCUACCAGUAACCAAACCGUCUGACGAGGUAGCAAGUGUCGAUAAGAGAGAGCUAUCUUCAUUGGAGAAGUUGAGAUUGAAGGCGAUGCAAGAGAAGGAAAAUGAUCUUGUGAAAGUAGUGGAGAGACAUGAGGCGCUGGUUAGGGAGUUGUUCUUUAUGGAGAGUAGAAAUGCUGCGAUGACUGAUCUUGAUCCUCAGAAGUUGAGAUUGGAGAAUAAUGAACAUGUUAUGAAGUAUCUCAAAGAACACAGCGUGUGGUCAACCCUAACCGACGAAAUCCUAAACUCAUUCACAGAAAACUCCAGCCGUGUCUCAACACGUCGCUCCAUUAACCGUUAUCGUGACUCCUUCAUCACGAAUCUUCAGAAAUCUAUAUCUACAAAAGUAGCAGCGAACAGGGCGGCAUUAACAGCACCUCGAAUCACCCGACCGCCCCUCGGUCUCACAUCUGGCUCACCUGCAUAUUCAACGCGCGGACGAUGGAGACCGCAGUACAACAAUCUAGACCACUAUUUACAAUCGUUCAUCACUUUGGAUGAUGAGGAUAUUACACCCGAGGAGGAGCAAGAGAGAGCAGAGAAAGAGUCUGGAAUUCAAUUUAGAAUUAUGCAGUUACAGAUGGAAGGCAGAUUACAGAAGACGAUUAAGGCACUACCUGAGCCUCCAUUGGCUAAGGUACAUAGGGAUUAUUUGCUAGAGCACCUUGCUUUUGCUGCGAAAAGGCAUGUGAAGAGAUUAGAGUAUAGAAAUAGAGUGACUAGACAAUUAAGUAAAGCAGUGACACAGUAUUGGUACAGAAUCUCACAAGAGGAGCCCAAGAAGCAGAGGGCCGAAGAAAGGAGAUUGAAAAAGUUAGCCAAGGCUACUGCCACGUUGGUGAAGCAGAAGUGGAAUAUGGUUGAGAAGGCCGUUAUACAAGCUUAUAAGAACAAAUUACGUGAAGAAGCAGAGCGCGAAGGACAACGUCAUCUUGAUGAACUGUUAGAACGCUCGGCCCAAGUGCUCGAAGUACAACAUAAUGAACUAUUAGAUGCUCAGGAGCGAGAGGAGGAUUCGGAAGAUGAUGCGAAAGAACUUAAUGCUUUAGCUGAUGAAUCAACUUUGUCGAUUGAAGAAUUGCUCAAGAAUAUGGACAUUACCGAUGACAAUGCCAACGCUGUUGUUGAGACUCAUAGGCAGAAUAAGCAUAAUCUGGUAGUGGAGUUACCAAAAACAGAAGUCAGGGUGGUAAUAGUUGUUCAAUCAUCACCCAAAUGCGUCGUAAAUGAACCGCAGCCGCCCACACCCGAAAGUACGUCUGCAUCAACUGCCAAUAUACGCACUCGCAUACCACCUCUUCUCCGCGGUCAACUUCGCGAGUACCAACAUGUCGGACUCGAUUGGCUAGCCAGUCUAUAUAACAACGGACUCAAUGGUAUUCUCGCUGAUGAAAUGGGUUUGGGUAAAACAAUCCAAACUAUUGCUCUAUUGGCGCACCUUGCUUGCGAAAAAGGCGUAUGGGGUCCUCAUCUCAUUGUAGUGCCAACAAGUGUCAUUAUCAAUUGGGAAAUGGAAUUCAAGAAAUGGUGUCCUGGUUUUAUUAUCUUAACUUAUUACGGCAAUGCUAAAGAGCGCAAGCAAAAGCGGCUUGGAUGGUUUAGAGAACAUAGCUUUCAUGUUUGUAUUACUUCUUACCAAUUAGUGGUUCAGGAUGCUAGCAUAUUUAAGAAGAGGAAAUGGCAUUAUUUAAUACUCGAUGAAGCACAUCAUAUCAAGAACUUUAGAUCUCAACGAUGGCAGACUCUUCUCAAUUUUAAUUCGCAAAGUAGAUUGUUACUUACUGGAACGCCCUUACAAAAUAACUUAAUGGAACUGUGGUCUCUGCUCUAUUUUUUGAUGCCACAAGGAAUAACAAAGAAUAUGCCAUCUGGAUUCGCUAAUCAGAAGGAGUUUCAAGAAUGGUUCUCGCACCCUGUCGAUCGUAUGAUUGAGAGUAAUGACCAAGUUGACGAAGAUGGGCGUGCUGCUGUGACUCGACUUCACACUGUUCUGCGUCCAUAUAUUCUUCGACGUCUUAAGCGUGACGUGGAAAAGCAGCUGCCAAGAAAGCGAGAAAUAGAGGUCAGGUGCCGUCUAUCAAAGAGGCAAAGAUUUCUGUAUAGUGAUUUUAUGUCGCGUGGCACUACAGUAAAUACCCUCCGAUCGGGAAAUUUCUUGGGUAUUAUUAAUUGUCUCAUGCAGUUGCGCAAAGUGUGUAAUCAUCCUGACCUGUUUGAAGUACGUCCCAUUCGUACGUCAUUUGCCAUGUCGAGAUCAGCUAUUGCAGAUUAUGAGAUCAAAGAAUUUCUUAUCCGGAGACGAAUAUUUAGAGAUUCCGAGGAAAAUGAGUUGAAAAUUGACUUUCUCAAUCUUCAACUUGUUAACUUUGAAAUGAAUGAAGAUUGGUUGACAUGGAGUGAGCUAGCUCGCAUAUCUCCUGAAAGUCUGAUAUACGAAAAGAUUGACUGGUACGGAGCAGUGAAGAGGGGAAGUUGGUCAGCUCCAAAGUAUAUUGAUUAUAAUAGUAUUACGGAGUUUCAGCGUAAUAUUCAGUAUCGCUCUAGGCUUGCAAUUAAAGCGCGAUGGGAAUAUAUCCGAUAUGUUAACGCAUUUCGUAGUAAACGUCGCCCAUUAUACGGCACUGGAUUGGUCAGGUUGUGUAAGAUGUUGGGCUCUGUUCCCGUCGAAAGAGCGCUAAUCGAUUCCAAUAAUCCUAAGAAAUAUUGGUCGACGAUGACCAGCUUUGCUGCUCUAGUCAAGUCGCCCGCUCAACGAUAUGCCGAAAUGGAAGAGAUAAUAAAGCGUUACGCUUUUGUCACCCCAGCAGUAGUAGCGCGCGACCUAGUUAAAUAUACAUUGUCCAUGAUGUCGGACGAGCUACGUCAUAAAAUAAAUACGGAAGUAGAUGAUAUAUAUCAUCCCAUUAGAGUCAAGCUACAGAUAGCGUUUCCUGACAAGUGGCUGGUGCAGUACGAUUGUGGUAAACUACAGAAGCUGGAUGUGCUGCUUCGUCAAUUGAAAGCUGAGGGUCAUCGAGCUCUUAUAUUUACUCAGAUGACUCGUGUAUUGGAUAUAUUGGAAAUAUUUCUCAAUAUGCAUGGGCAUAGAUAUCUUCGGCUUGAUGGUGCCACUAAAGUGGAGCAACGACAAUUGUUAACCGAGAGAUUCAACCAUGAUCCUAAAAUACUGGUAUUUAUUCUGUCUACGAGAUCAGGAGGACUGGGCAUUAAUCUAACAGGAGCUGAUACGGUAAUAUUCUACGACUCGGACUGGAAUCCGUGUAUGGACAGGCAGUGUCAAGACAGUGAGCAUACUAUAGAGGAAAAUGUACUUCUCAAAGCCAAGCAGAAACGUAAACUAGAUAAAUUAGUUAUGACUGAAGGUGAUUUUACAACUGACUAUUUCGAAAAGAUGAAGUGGCGUGAAUUGCUGGAUGUAAUAGCACCGAAAAGGGAUGAAGAUGUAAGCGAUGAUACUUUAGCAGGUCCAGCCUUAGAACAAUGUCUUGCUAUGGUAGAAGAUGAUAAGGAUGUUAAUGCUGCCAGAGUAGCCCGAAUUGAGGAGGACAUUGAUUUGACGGAGUUUGCUGAGGGCAGUAAUUCUGCUGCUGAAAAUGCAGCCACGACUACGGCUGCUGAAACAUCAGCAGACAUGGAGACGGGGGCAGCGGAAGCGGAUCAACAACAGUCAGCGGAAGCGGAUCAACAACAGUCAGCGGAAGCGGAUCAACAGCAGUCAGCGGAAGCGGAUCAACAACAGUCAGCGGAUACAUUAUCACCGAAUAGCGAUACAGAUGACACGGGCGAAAGUGAUAAGGCCGUAGAUCAUGUGGACAAUUACAUGCUUCGAUUUAUGGAGAGGGAACUUGGUAUAUCAAUUGAUAGUGAUAUUAAUACAUGA